UCAGGUUGGGAUACACCGCUUUUCUACCCUGACUGUUCUAAUGACAACCGUUCACAACAAAUAAUAUAGACAGAUACGACGACAGCUCAGGCCAGACGUAAAGAAAAGGUUAAUGGGGAAUAAAGAUGUUAAACUACUGUUAAAAAUCGAUUCCGACUUGCUCGUUUCAUAGAAUACUAGCCUAGUCAACGUCAAGGCACUUUCUUACUUUCUUAGUUUACAUUGAUAUUAGUUCUGUCGGUGCUGGAUAAGUAUCAAAGUUCAGAAUGGGUUGUUCGACCAGCACUCAAACCCAGGAGAACAACAGACCGGGUGUGAAACCCGAGGAAAAUAAUGGAGGAAAUUUAUGCGCUCCUCUGGAUGAGAGUAGCCCCAUUGCAGAUGAAAGCGAAACUAUUCCUGACCAGUCUGUCCUAAAUCAGUUAAAAGAGACAGACACCCUGCCAGAGGAAAAUGUACCAACUGAAAAUACUCGCCCUAAGCAGACUGCACCUUUAGAAAACAUGCUGUCGGAUUGUACCGCUGUCGAUUCAUCAGAGGCAGCCGCUGAAGAAACUGUAGAGCCUGCAGCUGAGGUGGAAGAAGUCAUUGAAGAUGCCUCUGUGGCUAACUCCCCAGAGGAUACUGCUGCAGUGGAACCCACACUCCUGGAGACCAUGGCAGAGGACGUGGCACCCAGAGUCACAGAGGCAGUGGCAGAAGAGGCUCCAAACCCCCCUGAUAGCUUGACAGAAGUGGCAAUGGGCCCACCAGAGACAGAGGCUGAAAUGGUACCGAGCCUCCCAGAAACAGUGAUAGAAAUGGCACCCAGCUUGCCAGAGGCUGCAACAGAAUUACAGGAAACUGCUAAAGGUGAGACAGGAGAAAAGGUGGAAGAUGAAACGCAGCAGGAGGCAGCGAGCCAGGAGCCUGAAACAAAAGAGGUUGAAACAGGAGAGACGCUGGAGGCUGCUGUGACAGAGAUAGGCAAGUAGACUGGGAGUAACCAGCAGCAAGGACUGAAGCAACACAAGGUGCAACAGUACCAUUAUUGGACACUAUCCAUUACAGUGCAACCAUACAGUUGACAGUUUCGCACGUCUGGAACUCUAAAAGCUGGUGGAAGAACUGCUCUGGUGAAGUCUACAAACAUGUUGAACCAAGUAGUUUCUAACUUGCCAGUUGCCAAGAUACAAAAUAAACAAUUACAAUGGGGAAAUGUAACUAUACCUGCCAGAGUGUGCCUGUUUCUGUAACUUUGGGGUAUUUCUAAUUAUUAUUAUUAUUAUUAUUAUUAUUAUUAUUAUUAUUAUUAUUAUUAUUAGUGGGAAGAGAGCUGUUCUUCUUUUAAGUUGCUUGGGCUGGCAGGAUGUGGAGGAACACAGUUCAUUGUUUUACAUGCCAUGCAAUGACCUUCACUAUGCUGUCCUUUUUUUUAUCUCAAUGAGAGGUCUCUCUGUGUCCUCAGGUUAUAUAUCUGCAUGUAGCUGUGCAUAUUUGGAGCCAAAGAAAUACUAGUUCUCAUUUGUAAGUGCUGUUUUGAAAGAUGUAAUUACCUAGGGGGAUUAUCUUUUAACGUCUGGCAUUAUGUUACACAUGUGUUGACUUUAUUCAAAAUAUUCUUGCAGCAAAAUAUUAUUAUUAUUAUUAUUACAUUUUACUGACCAAAGUUUGAGAAUACUGCCUGAGACUGUUUUAGUUAUUACGAUAGUGUUUUCAAAGUGAAUCUAAAAAAUGAGGAUUAUAAUGUAUUUGUAUAUUGCUAGAACUGUGAAUAUGGUAUUGUGGUAGGGUGGAAGACCAGCCAGUUAAUUAGGGCUAAGUUUGGCAGGGACGGGGUUAAAUCUGUCCCUGCCAGCAAUCACAAGUGUGGCCAUUCCCCAAUUGGGUUACUGAGUGCUAACUGGGGGAUGGCCACAUGUAUAAAGGCCACACCUGUGAUUGUUGGCAGGCACAGAUUUAACCCCAUGCCUGCCACAGGUUGUUCUUUUCUGUGCAUUUGCAGGGCUGUGCAGGUAAACAUACUCUGCAGCCAUGCACAGUGCAGUGUAUUUGCAAAUAAUAUAACCAGCACCAUAAUUCUGAAUUACACAGGCUUGAUGUGUUGGAAAUGGGAUGCUAUAGUUUAACAAAUUAUAUAUUUGAUUCUACUAGGCAAGUCAUUAAUAUGAGUGUAUUAACAAUGAAUUAUUAGUAGGGUGGUCUAACAUGGUUUGCUUUAUUAACAUGUAGAUUUAAAACUUAAAAUGUAUAAAACUUUUUCUACAGAGUAUGGAUUGGUAUUGGUAUGGAAUAGUGUUUGAAAAAAAUAUGCAUGGAACUACUUGCUGUUGCCUUGUUAAUUUUAACACUAUGCAUACUAUAUAUUUACUUUUGAAACUGCUUAUUGUACAUUUGAAAAUAAAAAUCUUAUACAUGGUAAUAUUUUACGAAGUGCAUUAUGCUUCACUGUACACCAUCUGUCAUGCUAAUUGGUAAAUACUGGACUUCAUAUUUGGAGCCAUGUGGUACAUACGGUAAUAUCGUGUCUGUAGAUAUUAAAUAGGAACUGUGUAAAUAUUGUCAAAUAUGGUCUGCAUGUGUGGUUUGCAGAAUAUUAAACAAGCAACAUUGAAGGGCAUGUCUAUCACGUUCACAAUGGAGCCAUGAAGAAGUAGAUCCCCAUGUCUUACAUACACUGUAUUGAGCCAGCCUUCAAUAUGAAUCAGGAUGUGGGUCCCUAGCAGAAGGAUAAUAAAGGUACAUACGAAUACUAUACACCACACAUUAUAGUAGGGCAGUUUCCCACACUUCAACAUGUUAAAAUAUCUGCUCCAAACCAAAACAUGCCCACUGGCAAACAUUACGUUUGUAUUGGACGAUACCCAUAACUGAAAUAGACCCAGAGCAUCUUAGAAUACAGCUGUGUACCAAAUGUGAAGGCCGAUCCACAAAGCUUUAAUGAAUUGUUUGAUUUUUUUUUUUUUUUCAAUGCUUGUUUUUAGGAGCAAAAUACAGUUUUAUAUCCAUGAAAGUGUAAGGAUUAUUGCCCACAUUGGGGGAGUUUCCAUGUGUAUUCUAAUUUUUCUCGAGACAUUGUGCUCGAGCCAAAUGAAAAAUGACCCUAUACAUUUCGGGUUUCCAUUAGCUCAGUUUAUUUUACUCUAAGACACUCUUUUCACCUGUGUGGUCCAGUGGUUAAAGAAAAGGGCUUGUAACCAGGAGGUCCCCGGUUCAAAUCCCGGCUCAGUCACUGACUCAUUGUGUGACCCUGAGCAAGUCACUUAACCUCCUUGUGCUCCGUCUUUCGGGUGAGACAUAUUUGUAAGUGACUCUGCAGCUGAUGCAUAGUUCACACACCCUAGUCUCUGUAAGUUGUCUUGGAUAAAGGCGUCUGCUAAAUAAUAAUAAGCUCGGCAAAUGAAGGGGAAAGGAAGAGGUUGAUAUGCAAAUUAGCCAUGCAUACCGUUCUCGUGCUGUUUUCGCAGACAGCUCGGGAAAAUGUGGUUUCCAUGCACAGGGAACAGGUACAGAAAAGAAUCUCGCCUUGAAAUCCAUGGUUGUCAGGUGACAUCUUGUCUGAGUGAAACUUUAAAGCACAGUGUUAAGCUCAUGUAAUAAAGCUGUGAUUUGUAAAUGCCUUCUGUCUGGUUGUAUAAUAAUGUGGUUUACUGCUCUAGCCCAAAUUGUUUUUCAAAUGUCCAUUGGUGAGGUGGCAUAUCGUUAGUAGUGAAUAAUAUUUCAACUAAUUUAUCACACAACUUAUUAAUUAAAGAAAAAAGAACAUAAUUAAACUAGAGGUAUAUACUGAAACUGUCCAACCCAGCUAUUGCAGAUCACCAUGGCUGAAAACCAGCAGAGACACAGGAUGAUAGAGAUCUGUGCCAGACACCUUCCACGUAUGCUCCCAAGGCUGUCUGGAUUGGGAGCAGUGGACGUUUUCACGUGAAAUGUGGGUUUCCAUGUGAAAAUGGGUGUGGAUUUCCUGUGUUUUACAUCAUGCUCACGAGUAAAUGAGAUUUACCCUAUCCCUCUCUGUGGCCGUUAUUUUCAGCCACAAACCUGAUCCUCUCGAACUGUUCUCCCAAAUGUGUACGAGCAUCACCACUUCACGUAUAAAUGACCACACAUGGAAACUCCCCCAUUGUCAAACAGGUAACACAGC